CCGGAGCCGGAGCACGUGAGCGUGCACACGGUGAACACCGAGGGUUCGAGUUUCACACCUCCGGGUGACGGGGGGCAAGAGCAGAAUCAACCUGAGCCAGCGGGACAGCCACCGGCUGUACCACCGCCAGUCGUACCACCUCCAGUGAUGCCACCGUUGGCGAUACCGCCGGUGGCCUACGAGCAGAUGUUCCCGGCCAUGAUGGCCCAUUAUAUGCAGCACAUGGCGCAGCUUAUGCCCAUGUUCCAGCCACCGCCACCACCACAGCCGCAGCCGCGUAUCGUUACCUUCAAGAUGUUGAAGGAUAAUGGAGCGGAAGAGUUUCGAGGAGACAAGAAGGGGGAGCCCCAGAUUGCAUUGGAUUGGCUUGAGCAGAUGGACCGGGUACUCAAGAACUUGAGAGUCCCAGAUGCUGAUCGCUCGGAGUUGGCGUCACAGAUGUUCUGGAAGGGAGCAUAUGAUUGGUGGAAGCGCAUUGACCAGGAUCCACACACGCCCAAGCCGUGGACCUGGGAUCGCUUUGAUCGAGCCUUCACGAAGGAGUACGUCCCCACCCGGUACCGCGAGGAGAGGCGCGAUGAAUUCGUUGCGCUUAAGCAGGAGGGGAUGUCACUGCCUGAACUAAGACAGAAGUUCGACUACCUGUCCCAGUAUGCGACGAGUCUGGUCUCCACUCCGGAGGAUCGUUUGAAUGAGUUCGUCAAGAAGCUACGGCCGGACUUGAGGCCGUACGCCGCACUGAUCACGACGACAGAUUUUAAUGCGGCGUACGAUUUGAUUGUGAAGACGGAAAAGAGCUUGGACGAUUUGCAGGCAACCAAGAAAGAGGAUCGAGCGACGAAAGGCCCGCGACCCGCGGCCAACACCGGGCCGAGCGGGAAGAGUUUUGGAUUCGGGGGAAAGAGAAAAUUGUUAGCCAAGUUACAGCUUCAGUCUCCGUUAGAGCAGGAGAUCCGUACAGCACAGAGAGAUGAUGAGUUUUGUCAGAAGACUCGAGAGUUAGUUCUUACAGGAAAGAAGCCCGAGUUUGCAAUUCGCGAUGACGGAGUCUUGUACUAUCGUGAACGCCUAGUGGUGCCCCGCGGUGAAGUGAGGGAUCGCUUGUUACGCGAGGCUCACGGAACCGUUUACACUAUGCACCCGGGUAGUAACAAGAUGUAUCAGGAUUUGAAGAAAUCCUAUUGGUGGCCAGCUAUGAAAAAGGAAAUCUCCGAGUUC